ACGAAAAAAUAAACAAUGUUAGAAUUUCUGUAUUCUGUAAUAUACAUAGAUUCCGCUAAUACUGUGUGCGUAUACAUGCAUAUACCUUUAUGGUUCGAGAGUCAUUUAUUCGAAAAGUAUACGUGUUUUUUUUAUAACUUAGAACGUACUGAUACUUGUGCGUCAAAAUAUUUAAACAUGAUGCGAUGACAACAACUGAAAUACGAGAAGAGAAUUUUAAAAACGUUUACGGACACGUGAGACUCAUAAAUUUACGCACAAGUAUGGCGGAGGCUGAAUCGAGGAUGACCGAAAUAGUGCGAAUAUAGCCGAAGGCACGCAUGAGCGAGAAAGAGCGUAAACUCAAGGAUCUGAGAAAGAGUGAGAGAAAUAAUGAAACGCUAAAGUACACAAAUGUUCUGGAACGUAACCACAAAGGUUUUAGAAUGCGACCACGACGAGAAAUAGAGAAUUUUCGCAAUAAUUACUAUGACACAAAUUCAGAGUCCCCAAAUGAAAAUUUAUUAAGACUGAUCAAAGUUGAUAAAAAUACAAGUUUUAAUAAACUUGUUCAAGUAGAAGAGUACAACUCUACAAGUAAUUGUUUAACGUGUUCUGCAUGUUUGGGAAGUAAAAUGUCUGAUGAUAAAGCAGAAGGUAUAGAUGAAGAAGAGGAAGAGACAGACGAAGAUGAAUUAAGAGAUGAUGAAGAAGAUCAAGAAGAAAGAGAUGACAUCGAAGAUGAAGAAGAAGAAGAAGAUGACUAUGUUACACGCUUAAAAAAUUCAGUUUUUCAAGAGAAAUUAAAUGACUAUAUGGAACAGUUUAAAAUACAAACAGAUGAUAUUGUUCAAACAGAAACAGAUGAUACAAAAUUAGGAAUACAUGAUAUGUUUGAAUCUAUAGAAAAGCCUGUUCCAGUUAGACGCAGAAAUUCCAGAAGGAACUCAAUCCUUCCUGGAUCUGAAAUGUGUAAUGAAAUAUUAGCUUUUAAUGAUAACCUUAAAUCCAAUCAAAACCAAAUGUUGACUAACAAAAUACUAGAAUAUCCUACUGCAGACAUUGUACAUAAUUGUAUCCCUGAACCAAUAGCGGAACAAAAUCUACCAAAUGAUAAGAAUAAUUCAACAGAUUUGUUAAUCGAUGUUCUCGAGACAAAAAAAUUACCUGAACCCAUGAAGGAAUUGAAGAUUUUGAUGUCCAAUAACGAUGCAAAGCAAACUCAGGUGAAAAAAAUUCAAUUAAGUUUAGACGAGGCUCAGAAACAUAUGAAAGAGCUUCAAUCAACCGCUAAGAUUAGGCUUUUUAUGAUGGAGGAUUUAGCAAAGAAUGAGAACACACUUGCUAAAGCCACUGCAAAGUUUCAACAUAAACGAUCUGAAUUAGAGAAACGAUGUUCUCAAACAGAAUCAAAGAUAUCUGAAGUAAAAUCUAGACCUGAUUAUGACUUCUUUUUCAAAAAGCCCCUCUUAAAAAAGAAAAUUGAGUUGUACAGAAACAGGACAGUUUAUUACAAGAACCGAUUGAGGGAUAUCGCAAUGAUACAUCAAACUGCACUCGAAUCAUUUAAAAACAGUACAAAAAUUUGGAAGUCGCUGAAUGCCUCUACAGAAGAAAUGAUUAAUCUAAAGAGGCAACUGAUUACAGAGGUAGAACGUAAACAACAGUUAGAAGAAGAACUUGCAGAAGAUCAAAAGAAAAUUCAUGAACUAGAAGAAAAAUAUAAUUUAACUGCUUUUAAGCUUAAAGAAAUACAAUCGGAUAGCGAAGAUGGAAAAGAUAAAUCAAAAGGUAAUUAUCCUGACAAGAAGAAAAAUUUAUUGGAUGUCAGUGCAAGAAUUACACAUCUUGACAUUGUUUUAAAAGAGAAAUCUAUAGAUCUGGAAAGAACAGCAGACAUAGAUGAAAAGGAAGCCCUACGAAAUGAAAUUCAAAACUUAAGACGUACCAGAGACUGUUUAGUUGAUGAGAAAUGUGAUCUUGAUGAAAAGUUUCAAAAAGAAAAAGCCUUGUCAACUGUAGAAGAACGAAAAUUAUUAGAAUGUGGUGAGACUAUUGAGGCUAUAGAUGCCAUGAUUGAACACAAAAAUGAGAUGAUCUGUGGAAGAAAAGGUUUUGAUGAAAAUCAAGCACAGCGAGAGAAAGGAGAGAGAAUGUUAAUGGAAAGACUGGCAAAACUAUCAGAUGGUGAAAUGAAAACAUUAUUUUAUAAGUAUUUCUUAAAAGUAAUUGAUUUAAAAGAAAGUUCAAAGAAUCUUGAAGUUCAAGUAGCCGAAUUAGAAAGUCAUAUAGAAACACAAAAAUGGGAAAUACAAACUAUUACUAAUGCAUUGAAGCAGACAAAAUUAGAAGCUGAAAGAAGAAUUGUUUUAAUGCAAAGAAAAUAUGAACAGAAAUUGCUUGCAAUGUAUAGACACAUUGGAGAAGAAACAAGUAGCUCUGGACCUGAAACAUUAGAUACAGAUACUGAACUAGCUAGACAUGUAGAAGAAAAUGAAAAUUAUCCAUACCCGGUUAGGAUACCACCACCAGCCAAUGCAAUUCAGAGGCCAACAACCAAAGUCACUAAAGAAAGGAAUAAGCUGAUAAUACAAAAAACUACUGGCCGAGAUAAGAGAAGAAAAUAAUUCUGUUAGCAAUUUUUUUAUAUUUAUUAUUUUAUAUCAUUGAAUUGCUGCUCCUAAUCAUGUAGUAACUGUAAUUAAAGUUGCGAGUUGCAAUUUAAUUUUGUUAUAUUCUAUUAACAAUUCUGUAUACUUUUGCAUAUUAAAACAAAUAAAUACAAAUUUAUUUGAAUACA